AUGGCGGCCGUCGGCGACGGAGGCGACGUCGAGGUCACGGGCCGCGGCGUCGACUUCCUGCUCAAGGAGCGCCACGAGCAGGUCUGGGCCCUCGUCGACGAGUACAUCCGCGCCGCGGGCGACGCCAAGGGCGAGGUCGUCGCGCUCGUGCUCACGCUCGCCUACGCGACGCCCGGCGAGGGCUACGCGAUCCACGAGCUCUCGGAGGCGCAGAAGGCCGCGCUCGACGUCCUCUUCGCGCUCGGCCUCGUCUACCGGCGCAACGCGAGCUCGUCGCGCUUCUACCCGACGACGCUGGGCGUCGACGUCGCCUUCGGCGCGCGGCGGUCCGCGGGCGGCGCGCGGGCCGGCGGGGACUUCCGGCGGCCCGUCGACGUCAUCGUCCAGACGAACUUCCAGGUCCUCGCCUACACGGACGCGGGCGUCAACACGUCGACGCUCGUCCUCGCGACGCUGAACCUCUUCGCGGAGCUCACGACGCGGCUCCCGAAUUUGGUCGUCGGCACGAUCUCGCGCGACGCGAUCAAGCGCUGCGUCGACCGCGGCAUCCGCGUGCCCCAGAUCGUCAAGUUCCUCCGGGCCCACGCGCACCCGGCCAUGAAGGCGUCGGGCGUCCCGCAGAACGUCACGGACCAGAUGGCGCUCUGGGCCGGCGAGGGCAACCGCGUCGCGUUCACGGACGGCGUCCUCGUCGCGCUCGACUCCGACGCGCUCUACGACGCGGCCCUCGACGCCGCCCGCGACCUCGACGCCCGCGUCCACUGGAAGAGCGCGCGGAAGCGCUGCCUCUUCGUCGACGCGGACGCGGAGCCGGACCUCCGGCGGCGCCUCGCGGCCGCGGCCGCGCCGAGGAAGCGCAAGGCGCCCGAUAAUUGACCGGUCUUGGGAGA